AUGCCUAUAUCUGCAACUACCAGUGCGAGUUGCGCCUAUCACCCGUCCUUUAGCCCGUCAAAGCAAAAUAAUAACAAUAACAUCCAUAUGCAGCAGUUGAAGCUGCAGAAAGAAGAAAAAAAUCAAACAUAUCAUUAUCAAAAAAAAUAUGAUCAACACAGCGAUGAGAACUCUCUCCGCGAUACUUCCCGCAGUGUUGUCACUACAUCUCUGCUUUCAAAAGAAGAUGUGGCAUUUCUCUUCUCCUCCAUGACGUGGAAUGUGGACUUGAUGGAGGUGCUACUGGCGAAAGCACCAAACCCAAUGUACAGUGAGAUUAAACCAGAAGAAACGAAUAAAAAAAUCACAACAGUAGUGGAACAUCCACCAUCACGCUCUGCUGUAGCGGCAUUUCCAUCACUUGAAGAGGCGUUGAUGGAAGCAGCUACCACAGCAGCAACCGCAACCCCAAAUAAUAAUAAUAACAACAACAACAACAAGAAAAAGAACGGUAAUCAUCACAGUCGUCGUAGUAAACGGCGAAAGGUUGGACGUGGCCGUACUAUACAAUUACGUCUCCCAUUUGUAUCAUCACUUUCAGAAGAACGGGAAGAUUACGGAGAUGAAGAAGACGAUUGUGAGGAACAAGAAGAGAUGGAGGUCAAGAAGGAGAAUUCACAAACAGUUAAUACAAUAAUGCGCAAUAUAGGUGAUGUACAAACAGUAAAAGAAUCCUACAGUAUCUACACAACAGAAGAAGAAGAAUCUGACACGGGAUUUGUACCCCAUCGUUGUCUGGAGGUGCGUAAAGCCUCUAUUGACUCUGCUUCUGCCGUUGCACUUCUUCCUCUCAACAGUAAUAUCUCCAAAAUUGAUGAUGUAUUAUUUUCUACUGAGAUGAAAGUGGAAAAUAAAGGAAAGCAAGAAUGCUUAGAGAAUAACAGCAUGCGUGAUUUUCUACGUCAAUUUUAUCAAAGUUUCCUUCUUGUUAUCGCUGCUCAAGUGAGGCAAGAACAACAACAACAACAACAGCAUACAAGUAUCUCUCAAUCACGUUCUCUUUCUUCAUUAGAGUAUCGUGCACUUUGUUUUGUACGUCAUCAUUUGGUAACAUUUAAGGAACUUCUACGAAGUUAUGUAAUGUGUGGAGAGAAAGAAGCCGAACGUCGUGGGGCACAACCUCUUUUGGUGGGUCGUUUUAACUGUGAAACAUCAGAAGGAUUAGAAGAUUGGACACCACAAUAUGCACAAGUCUAUAUUGCUGGAAAAGAACCAGCAAGUCAACCUCUCUUACUUGAAGUUUUACACAUUACUCGAGUACUUCAGUGUUAUGCGGAACCGCCAAUAUCCAUACAGUCAAAUGAUACUCGUACAACUCGAAAUGCAACUCGUGCAAGAGAUAUGACUUCAGAUGCAUUAUAUUAUUGGCGUCGAUUGUUAUUAGAGAAGCCAAACUGCUGUAAUAGCAAGAAUGCUGCUUGUAAUGAAACAGGAAUGGCACAUUUAUUAUUUCUAUCUAAUGAAGAAUGGGAAUUUGCCUGUGAUAUUUUCACCACUUCUCUUUCCCCGCUUGUGUGGACACCAUACACUAGAUUUGGUCCAUAUAUGGUGUAUAGCUCACAAUUGCCGUAUACCAACCGACGUAUUACUAAACUUGUUGUUCCCGCUGAGGACCGUAACUCUUAUGAUCUUUCCGCACAUUUUCAAGAAGGUGUAUUCCGUUUCUUACAUGGCACUUCACUAUUUCCUAUUGAUGAAUUUUCUAAAGAUUUUGAUCUGGAGAAGCAAAGGUUCUGUCGUCGGAGUUCUCUUUUACAUUGCUCUGCGGGUAUGCAUCGAUCAAGUGGUAUAGCUAUCGCAUACUUACUGUGGCUUAUCGCCCUAUCACAUGGUAAACUUCCUGCAAAAAUAACGUCCACCAUCACAGCAACAACAACAACAACAACGGCAAUCCAAGUGAAAGAUGAACAACAACAACAAAAACAGCUAAAACAGCAGCAACAUCAGAAUAAGGAACAACGAACAACGCCAUCAUAUCUUUCUGCGGUAUUACGUAACCAGAAGGAACGCCAAGAGGUUCUUGAUAGCUGUAUAUCUACAGGAGCUGCAGUGGGAGCAACUGAAGAAGAAGAGGAAGAAGAAGAAGAAGAAGAAAAAGUGAUUACUCAAGAUGCAGCAGGAGCGAAUUCUGCAGUUGAAGAAAAUGUCUCUAUUGAACAAAGUUGCAUGGAACAUGUGCGUCAGCAACGUUCUAUGGCCCUGCCGAUUGCAGCAGUACAGCAGCAGUUACUGCACUACGCAAGUCAUCUUCAUUUACACUGA